UACACAGGUCAGUGCAAAAUUUCUAAUAUGGACUAUUCAUCUGAGAGUCGCGAUGAAUUGCUUUUAUCUGAAGCUUGCAAAUGUCCCAAAUGCAACAGCACGUUGAAAAGUAUGAAAGUUUUGAAGGAUCAUCUAAGAUAUUGUCAAAAACAAGUGUACUUGCAAUGCGAAUACUGUCCUUUCAUAACAAAGUAUAAUGCUAAUUUAAAAAUCCAUAUUUCAUCAAUGCAUUCGAUGUCGAAAUUUACAGAAGAAGUAUGUUCAAACUGUGCCAGAGUAUUCAAAAACGAAAGAUGUUUAAAAAUGCAUCUGCGAAUUUGUGAAAGUCCGAGUCGAUUUCAGUGCUACGAUUGUUCGAAAAAAUUCAAAUCUAAAAGUAAUUUAAGCAAUCACAUUUCGCGAAUGCACUUGAAAGUGAGCGUGAAUGGAGAAAUUAUUGGAGAUAAUUUGUAUCUACAAUGUAACGAAUGUACAUAUAGAACUAAGCAUAAGGAUGAUUUGAAGAAACACGUAAUUAAACAUUAUGGCAACAUCAACGCAGACUGUGAAAAAUGUGGUCGGACAUAUAAAAACCAGGGUUACUUAAAAAAACACUUGCAGUGUUGCCAAAAGCAGGAUUUAGAGUGCUACCACUGCCCUUUCAAAACUCAUAGUAAAGGUAUAAUGAAAAAACAUGUUUAUGGAAUGCACAUCAAAGGCCCACGUUACGAAUGUCCUGAUUGUGGCAAAACAUAUAAGAAGGAAUCAUACGUAGUUCAACAUAUUGAACAUCAUUGUGGAAAAGAACCUCGUUUGAUGUGCGAAUAUUGUCCUUUCAGAACAAAUUACAGCCACAACUUGAGAAAACACAGGACAAGCAGGCAUCUCAAAAACACUGAAGCGCUAGAAGUUAUACUCGUCAAAAAAUUAUAAACAUUGAAAAAAAUUAUAUUACUUUGUGAAUAUAUUAUGUAUAUACCAUUUAUGAAGAAAUUACUGAUUAGAUUUACGAUGUUACAAUUUGUCGUUAAUUUAAAAAAAAAUGCCUACUUCCUAAAUGAGGUUAUCUAAAUGUAUUAUUUCCACGGUGAAAUUCUGUGCCGAUAUUCACAGUC